AUGGCUUUUCGAGUCACUUACACAGACCUGGCGCAUCGACAGCGCAUUUUGGCCAGCUCGCUGGAACCUUUGCGCCUAGUGGCCGUGGAGCUCUUUACUUUGCUGGCCCCUUCGGAGUCGGACUACCUGGUGCCUCUGGCCCACUGCUUGACGAGUUUGCAAGCGGCCUCUCCGUUUUUCGAGCACCUGGAGCUUGUCUUUGCGGACUUGCCAGAGGUCUGGACUUCCGUCCCGCCCAUGACAUUGCCCCAGCUGCUUCUAGCGCAGCCUUACCUCUUUCGCUGCUGCACGAUGUGGGAGCGGCUGUCUGAGAGUCUGCUAGACGUGCUGCGUGAGAUUGCUUUCAGCCUUUUAGAGUACGAGAGCUGCCAAGGACAGCCGGAGCCCGAAGCCGCAUGA